UUUUAGACCAUAAAAUGUUUCUCUCGAGACAUAACUUUCAAAUAGCUCAAAAGUGAUUUCAAAGACUACCUUCUUCAAUAGCAAUUUUUCCUCGUAUGACUUUUGUAACAGAGGCUGAAGAGAGGUUUCUCCAGAAGAAGAGAAGAAAAUUUGAGGAAGUGAAAAAUAUGCUGGCUACAAGAGCUGAAGAGUAUAAAAGAGAGACUGAUGUAGAAAAGCGUUUCCAAAGAGAUCAGAAAGCUCUUCUGCAUUAUAGAAAAAUGAAUGAGAGAUAUGAACAAUUCAGUCUGUUAAAGUCUCCUCUGAUUAUCAAAUAUGCAGCCAAGAACCAACUUGAAUCUGAAAAGAAUAAUUAUACAGUAGACAGACAGUUAUGAAACAAGUUAGCGGAUUAUGGAUUUAUCCCAAUGGAGGACCCCUUUAGCAGAUAUCAGAAACUUGUAAAGAGAAACAAUGAUAUGCUAGUCCAAGUCACUUACUUGAUAAAACAAAGGAGAAAAAUAAAGCCUCCAGAAAGAGAUUAUAAUGAAGAACAUAAUAUGAUGAUGAAAAAGAUCAGAAAAUUUAUACCAAUGAGGAUGUCUACAGUCAGAGAAGACACUAUUCCUCUUGAAGAUCAGGAUUCAGGGCGACAUUAUCUUGACGCAUUUUUAGAGCCAAAAGAAGAUGCUACAAUUGUUGAUAUCGUCUUAAUCAAAAAGAAUGGAAAAGCUAUUAAAUUCGAGUGUAUCUGAGCCAAUAACGAAAUGAGGAUAGGAAGAAUAUUACACUCUCAUUACUCAAGAGAACUUGCAGAUUCCUUCACCCCCAUUAAGAACAUGCAGGGAAAGUACUUCUCGAUAUAUUACGAUAACCUCAGCACAAAGCUUCAGAAAGCCUUCGUUGAGUAUCUUUACUCUGUUGGACUCCCUCCAGAUGUUGGGUUAGUUGCUGAAUUUAUGUCUAUCAACAAGGAACAGAGAAUGUACAUGAACUGGCUUAAAUCCUUACAUGAAUUGGAAGGGGAGACUGACGAUGAAAAUGAAAACGAAGAUAUCCUAUAAACCUGCUAACUCGUUAA